UGGCAGGAUGGGCGACGGAUAUGCGCACUGUGUUUUCGUGAAGGGUGACUGGUCCCCCAGCCAUUGUAAAGCGAUUCGGCAAAAACUCCAAAUAUAUUUUCAAAGUAAGAGGAAAUCUGGCGGGGGUGACUGUGUGGUGGAGUAUGACGAGAAAUGCAACUCAGCAACUAUUUGGUUCAAACUAGAGGAGGUACAAAAGCGAGUCCUGCUCCAAAAACAUCACGGAAUCAUUAUUGAUAAGGAGCAGAUUAAGAUACAUCUAAGCUCGGAGAGAAAAUCGAAAGGUCUAGCAGGGGACAGGUCACCGAACCCAGGGACCAUCCCCGGAACGUCUGGUCAUCCUACAUUGAACAACUUUAUAUCAUUACUAAACCUCUACAGUGUUAUGAGGACUGUUUUGAAUUGCAGAAGUUUCAUUGCAGCAUCUGUGUUCCUUGGAACACUUCCCUUUGUAGUUUUUGAGGCAACUGAUGUAGGCCUUCCAGGGGUUGAAGUUCUAUCUGCAGAUCCCUUGAGUGAAGGUUCCAGUGCAUCUUCUGCUGUUGAAGUUCAGAAAGAAGAGGUUGAAGAGACCUGCAAGGUCAAUGUUGUUGCUGUGGAGAACAUCCCAGAGGACAUGACCAGAGAGGUUUUGGGACUGAUAGUGGAGAACAUUAGUGGCGUCUCUGAGGAUGACUAUUCGAUGGAGAUGAUCUAUGAGUCCCAUGCUGCUGUUGUGACCUUCAUUCACUCUGAUAAUGUGGAGACAUUUCUGGCCGAAGCCAAACUCAACAAAAAAUUCCAGCAGUACGGUCUGACUGCCCAGGUCCUGGAAAGACCGUGCAGUUUGAGGAUAGAAGGUCUGCCUCCUCAGGCUGACAAAGAUCUUCUGCAUCUCUACUGUGAGAAUAUGAGAGUUGAAAUGAAGACUUUUGUCAUGAUACCUGAGGAAAAAGCUGCUGUUGUCACAUUCUUGAAACCUGAAGAUGUUGUUACUAUGUUAAACAAACAGCACACAAUCUGCAAAGUUGAAGUCGAUAUGCAUCCAUACUAUGAGUCACUUGGCACAGCUUUAUAUGGUAAAGACAGACCAAGAAAGAAGACUCCAGGUUCAUUCAGUGUACCAUCCAGUGAAAUAACAGAAAUACCACCUUCUGACAGUAAGACUGAGGCUCCUCAGCAGGAAAGUUCCAGUACCAUCACUCCUGUUCCAGUAUUGGCACUUCAGGAGAUUAAAGAUGACAAUACUUAUCAGUCCAAAGCUGCUGUUGUGGAGAAUAUUCCAGAAAACAUGUCAAGUGACCUGGGCCUACUUGGUUUGGUUGUGGAGAAUAUCAGUGGUGUUUCUGAGGAAGACUACACUAUUGAGCUGAUCAAUGAAUCCCAUGUUGCUGUCAUAACAUUCAGCCACAACAAUGAUGUGAAGACGUUUCUGAACGAAGCCAAGAUCAGCAAAAAGUUCCAGCAGUACAAUCUGAGUGCCCAAGUCCUGGAAAGUACCUGCAGUUUGAGGAUAGAGGGUCUACCACCUCAGGCCAACAGAGACUUUCUGGAUUUCUACUAUGAAACAUUACGAGUUGAAGUGAAGACUAUUAUUAUGAUACCAGAGGAAAAUGCUGCUGUUGUCACAUUCUGCAAACCAGAGGAUCUUGUGGACAUCUUACACAGAAAGCACAGCAUCUGUAAAGUUGAAGUCUACAUGUAUCCAUACUAUGAGUCUCUAGGCACAGCACUGUAUGGUAAAGACAGACCAAAAUGGACGAUUUCUAGACCAUUUAUGAAUAAAGGAACUGAAAAACCACCUUCAGAGAAAAAAUGUGCAGCUGUUGUGGAAAACAUCCCAGAAGAGAUGACCAGAAACCUUCUGGGACUGAUAGUUGAGAGCAUCAGUGGUGUUUCUGAGGAAGAAUACUCUAUGGAGAUGAUCUAUGAGUCCUGUGUUGCUGUUGUAACAUUCAGGUACCCUAAAGAUAUGGAGAGAUUUGUGACAGAGGCUGAACUCAGCAAAAAGUUUCAGCAGAACAAUUUAAUUGUCAGAGUCCUGGAAAGCACUUGUUGUUUGAGGAUUGAAGGGCUUCCACCUCAGGCCACUGAAGACCUGCUGCAGCUCUACUGUGAGAAACUGAGAGUUGAGAUGAAGACUAUUGUGACAGAACCAGAGGAAAAUGCUGCUGUUGUUACAUUCUUGAACCCCCAGGAUGUUGAGACAUUGUUAAACAAGCAGCACAAGAUUUGCAAAGUUGAAGUCAGCAUGUAUCCAUACUAUGAGUCACUAGGCACAGCCCUGUGUGGUAAAGACAGACCAAGAUGGAAAAUUCCAGACUCUUUCACUAUACACAUUCACCCAACUUUGCAUGAGUUUCUCCAGAAGAAGAAACUAACAUCUCACAUCAAUGACCAAAUGCAGGCACACCACUGCCAGGUGAGCAUAAAAAGCACAGACCUUCGGCUCAGCCCACUCCCAACCCUGCUGAAGAUGAAGGGACUCACAGCCAAACACAUAGACGGCUGGAAGGAGAACACCUUAGAUGCUUUCCACCAGAUCAUGUCCAAAUAUGGAACACUUGAGAAGAUGAUGAACUCAGAUGUGUGUAGCUCAGUGGCAGAAGAGCUGCUACCAAAACUGCAGGACCAUGUUGUCAUGGAGAUGGAUUCCAUUAAAGGACAGUUAACAUUGGCGGGAAUGACGAAAGAUAUAGAUAAUCUAAGACAGAUAGUGGAUGGCAUAGUGAAUAAGACUACAAGUCAGCUUGAUGCAGAGGGGAACAGUGUUGAAGAGGAAAUGGAUUUGCCUGCUGACAUGUUUAAACUCCUGCAGCUUGAUGGCCUGUCACAAUACAUCACAACCUCCUGCCCCCUGGUGUUGCUGGAUUACAAACCCAAUAGCAAGAAACUGGUCCUCUCAGGCCUAAACCGUGAGGUCCUAACUGUGAAGACCUGGGUCCUUGAGAAGAGAAUGCAGAUGAAACAAUUGACGAUGGAGCUUGACCGUCACAUAGUGGAGUUCCUGAUGGCAGUAGACAGUGAGACGAUGUCUGAUCAUCUCUUCUUCUCCCGUGGAAUCCAUGCCAUAUAUGUGAUCAAGGACAGAGCUGUGGUUUUGACUGGAAGCUCAGAAAGAUCCCUGAAUGAGUCUGUGGGAAGGAUGAAAGAGACUCUGGCUUUCAGGGUUCUUACUGUUGAGGAUCAGGAGGUGCUCAGAAAGUCAGAAUGGAAAACUCUAAUCACUGAAGUUUUGAAUAUGUUAAACACACCCAGGAAGAUUCCACUGCUGAAGUUAUCUUCAAACCAUCCUGACAGUCUAACUGUAUCUGGCUUUAUUGAACCUGUCAAGGAAGCAAGCCAGAUCCUUGAAGAGUUCCUGCAAAAUCAUGCAAGGGUUGUGGACAUCGUGAAAGUCAAAUGUUUAGCUGCUACAAGGUUUAUUGAAGAAUAUAAAUCAGGGGAAUGGAAAAAAUUGGCAAAGGUUGGUGAGGUGGUGGUAAAGUUUCCUCCAAAACAUCCACAAAUCAAGCUUUCAGGAAAAAGAAUGUAUGUAAAACCUGCUAUUCAUGCUUUUAAGAAGAUGGCUACUAGUUUGUUUAUAGAUGAACUGAAAGUUUGUAAGCCUGGAGCAAAGAAGUGGUUUCAGGAACAAGGGAGCUUGCUACUAUCAAUGAUGGUGAGGGAUCAUCGCUGUGUUGUUCUGCUUCAAGACGACAGUAUGUUGGAGGAUGAUGAUGAGGAUGAAAGAAGUGAUGAGUUCCCACAACAAGCUACGUCCCGAAGAUCUACAUACGGUGGAAGUGGCAAUCAUGGCCCUGGAAAUCAGUGGGAAGGAGAGAAGAGGUGGCAAAGCUCAUCCACACAGUCACAUUCAGAAAGAUAUGAUGAGGAAGAAAUGCAGUGGAGGAGUUCAUCCACACAGUCACAUUCAGAAAGAUAUGAUGAGGAAGAAAUGCAGUGGAGGAGUUCAUCUACACAGUCACAUUCAGAAAGAUAUGGUGGGGAAGAAAGACAGUGGAAGAGUUCAUCUACAGGGUCACAUUCAGAGAAGCGGUCCACAGGACCAGAUACAUCAGGAGUCCUGGAGAGCAAACAGACAUCUGAAGGUGUCAGGAUACUUCUGAAGAAAGGCAACAUUCAAGAUGCUUCUACAGAGGUUGUGGUGAACACAGUUGCAGAGAACCUGAACCUCACCCAAGGAGCCGUCUCCAAUGCUCUUCUCCGGGCUGCAGGACCACAGCUCCAGUCAGCAGCCUCUGAUGAGGCCAGAGGAGGCAAGAUGAGAUAUGGGGAAAUGGUGAUUACAGAUGGCUUCAACCUCAGAUGCAGGAAAGUCUUCCAUACUGUCUGCCCUCCAUGGGACAACGGAGGUGGCAAGUCAGAAGAGGUAUUGAAGGACAUUAUAAAGGAUUGUCUGCAAGAGGUUGACACACGUAGACUGGCCUCAGUUACCUUCCCUGCUAUCGGGACUGGGAAUCUGGGUUUUCCCAAAGACCUGGUCCCCAGGAUUAUGUUGGAGGAAACCGAAAAAAUCGAUCCUCAACACUUAAGGGAGGUGGUCAUCAUAGUACACCCUUCUGACCAAGAGAGUGUGAAUUGCUUCAGGAGGGCAUUCCAAGGAGGAAGCAAUAGAGAGAGAAAAGGUGAACCAUAUGGCAUCACCAACAGAACAGGGCAGGGCUUUCACAGACAGAAAGCGCAACAGACCUCAGGAUUAUGGGGUCAAGUCAACACUCUGUCUUUGGGGAAACAUUCUGUGCGCAUCGGCCACCUGACCCUUGAGGUGUCAAGUGGUGACAUCACCAAAGAGAAAACAGAUGUCAUUGUAAAUUCCUCCAAUAACACAUUUUCCCUCAAGUCUGGGGUCUCCAUGGCGAUCCUUAAGGCUGCUGGCUCAGCAAUCGAAGCAGAAUGUUCAGAGAUUGUGAGUUCACCUAAUUUCCAGUCCUGUAAUAUGAUUUUGACUGCUGCGGGCAGACUUCCAUGCAAACAUAUUCUCCAUCUCAUGGUACCAAGUAACCCCAAUGCUAUUAUGGAUAGUGUCAAUGAGGUUCUCACAUUUUGUGAGAAGAGAAGAUUGACCUCUAUCACCUUUCCAGCUCUUGGCACAGGCCAAGGUGGAGCAAAAGCAUCAGAAGUGGCUGAUGCUAUGAUUGAAGCCAUAGUGAGCUUUGUGAAGAAGACCAAGAGUCAACAUAUACAGUGUGUGAAGAUCCUCAUCUUCCAAACUAACAUGGUUCCAAUGUUCCACACAAGUUUGCUGACACGACAGGCAAAAGGAGGGGAAGAUGACAAGGGCUUUUUUGAUAAAGUGAAAGAUGCACUUGUAGGUUUUUUUUCUGGUCAAUCCGAAGAGCAGGUACAUGAUGAUGAGGAGUUUGUGAUGGUGGGUAAGGAGUUUGAACCUGCCAUAUUCCAGCUCUGUGGAGAAACGUCACAGGAGGUCAGCAGAGCCAAAGACUGCGUGACCAGCUUCAUCAUGAAAGAGCAGGCUUCUACUCAGAUCAAGGACCCAUUGAUUAACUGUUUCACCCAAGAGGACACUAAAGAGCUCCAGGAUCUACAGAGAGAGCUGACCGUCAGCAUCAGAAGGGAGCAGAGAAGUGAGGAGCCAGUCAUCUGCCUGGAGGGCUUGACUCGUGAUGUGUUCAAGGUCGAAGGACGAAUCAGAGGUAUGAUUCGGGAGGCAGAGAGGAAGGAGACAACCAAACGGGAGGCCUUCAUGAUCAGCACACUGGUAGAAUGGCAGUAUCUGGAUCGGAGCAAUCAACUUGUGUCUUUUGACAUGUAUGCUAAUAGGACUUUAGAGCAGGCCUUCCAGACUGGCAGAGAUGAAUAUGAAGCCGACGUGUCAGGCAGAAAAGCCUCAAAGCCUGGAAGGAAUGAUGUAGAACUCAAACGAGUUGAUCGAAAAGUUUCAGGUGAUUCAUCAGUGAGCCUACCUACCCCUUGGGAUGACAUGAAAGGCAACAUUGCUCAGAUCUCACUUACUGCAGGCAGCACUGAAUACCAGGCCGUCGAGAAUGAGUUUAGGACAACUGGCCUAUCAUCAGCAAUAAAAAAGAUUGAGAGAGUACAAAAUGCUGCGCUGUGGAAGAACUACAUGAUUAAAAAAGCAGAAUUGGAUCAGAAGAACAACCACACAAACAAUGAGAAAAGGCUUUGGCAUGGCACCCUUGCAGAUAAGAUAGACCACAUCAACAAACAUGGGUUUAACCGCAGCUAUGCCGGGAGUCAAGUUGGUACUAUGUAUGGAAAGGGGUCCUAUUUUGCUGUUGACCCCCAAUACUCUGCCCAAGGCUAUGCCCAGCCUGAUAGAAAUGGACACAGGCGCAUGUACCUGGCAAGGGUUCUGGUUGGCGACUACGCUCAAGGAGCAAGUAACAUGAUAACACCUCCCGCCAAGGGUAAAGGAACAGCUGACUUGUAUGAUAGUGUCACAGACAACAUGACACGGCCCACCAUGUUUGUAGUCUUUCAUGAUGUCCAGGCCUAUCCUGAGUACAUUGUCACUUUUCAGAUUAUGUUGGAGGAAACCGAGAUGUUCUGCAACAAAAUCAAUCCUCAACACCUAAGGGAGGUGGUCAUCAUAGUACACCCCACUGACCAAGAAAGUGUGGAUAGCUUUAGGAGGGCAUUCCAAGGAGGAAAAGGAAGACAGAGCAAAGGUGAACCUCAUGGCAUCAUCAAGAAAACAGGGCAGGGCUUUAACAAACAGAGACCACAACAACCCUCAGGACUAUGGGGUCAAGUCAACACUCUGUCUUUGGGGAAGCACUCUGUGCGCAUCCGUCCCCUGACCCUAGAGGUGUCAAGUGGUGACAUCACCAAAGAGGUCACAGAUGUCAUUGGGUGCGUUUCAUGCCAAGGUGGAGCAAAUGCAUCCGUGGUGGCUGAUGCUAUGAUUGAAGCCAUAGUGAGCUUUGUGAAGAAGACCAAGAGUCGACAUAUACAGUGUGUGAAGAUCCUCAUCUUCCAAACUAACAUGGUCCCAGUGUUCCACCAGAGCUUGCUGACACGACAAGCAAAAGGAGGGGAAGAGGAAAAAAGCAUUCUUGGAAAAAUGAAAGAUUUUGCAGAUGCAGUUGUAUGCUUUUUUUCACCUGGUCGAACUGAUGAACAGGAAUCUGAUGAGGAGUUUGUGAUGGUGGGUGAGGAAUUUGCUCCCGCUAUAUUCCAACUCUGUGGAGAGACGUCUCAGGAGGUCAAGAAAGCCAAAGACUGUGUGACCAGCUUGAUCAUGAAAGAGCAGACUUCUACUCAGAUCCAGGACCCACUGAUUAACAGUUUCACCCAGGAGGAUGCUAAAGAGCUCCAGGAUUUGCAGAGAGAGCUGACCGUCAGCAUCAGGGUGGAACGGAGGAGUGCUGAGCCGAUCAUCUACCUGGAGGGUUUGACUCGUGACGUGUUCAAGGUCGACGGACGAAUCAGAGAUAUGAUCCGGAGGGCAGACAGGAAGGAGACAACCAGAAAGGAGGCCUUUAUGAUCAGCACCCUGGUAGAAUGGCAGUAUCUGGAUCGUAACAAUCAACUUGUGCCAUUUAACAUGUUUACUAAUAUGGAUUUAGAGAAAGCCUUCCAGACUAAAAUGCAGAGAGUGAAAAUCAAUCGGAGAGAUGAAUAUGAAGCAGACCUGUUGGGUAGAGUAGCCUCAAAGAAGGGAAGGAAUGAUAUAGAACUUAAACGAGUUGAUCGAAAAGAUGCAGCAGUGAGCUUACCUACUAAUUGGGAUGACAUGAAGGGCAAGAAUGUUGUUCAAAUCCAACUCAAGUCAGGCACCAAGGAAUACAAUGAUGUUGAGAAGGAAUUCCGCACAACUGGUUUAGCAUCAAAUAUAAUCCAGAUUGACAGAGUCCAAAACGGCACACUUUGGAGGAACUACAUGAUUAAAAAGGAAGAGCUUGAUCAGAGGAAUAAGCACACCAACAAUGAGAAAAGGCUUUGGCAUGGCACAAGUGUAAACAAGAUAGACCAAAUCAACAAUCAAGGUUUUAACCGAAGCUUUGCUGGGUCUCAAGUCGGUGCCCUGUAUGGAAAUGGCUCCUAUUUUGCUGUUGACCCUCAAUACUCAGCCAACGGCUAUGCCCAGCCUGAUGUCAAUGGACACAAGCGCAUGUACCUGGCAAGAGUUUUGGUCGGAGAAUUUACUCUAGGAUCAGGUGGCCUGCUAACAGCUCCUGCCCGGAAUUCUGGAAAUUCAGCUGACUUGUAUGACAGCGUAACAGAUAAUAUGAAACACCCCAAGAUGUUUGUAAUCUUCAAUGAUGUCCAGGCCUAUCCUGAGUACAUUAUCACAUUUCAGUGAUAUACUGUAUGCUGUUUUCACGAACACAUAAUUCUGUAUAAAUGGGAAGCAAAAUUCAUACUGAGAAUUGCAAUUAUAGAAAUCUGUAAGGUUUUUGGUUAUUUUACCUUUUAUAAGUACUGUAGGAUUCCAUCCAACUCUCCUUUUAAGCAUAUUAAUAUUUGGCUAAAGGACAUGUAAGUCUGUGUUUUUCUACCAGCUGUGUUAUAUACAUUAAAAAUGGACACUCAUGUUAUCAAGGGAUGAGCAGUGUGAGUUCGGAACUUCAGGUUGUCUGGUCAACUUUAACAAAUACACAUAAUCAAACAAAACAAAUGUGUAUAAUGUAUACAAAUACAUUUCUUAGCUUGUGGGGAUCACAUCAGUAAUCACAUAACUUGUGAUUGAGACUGCAUUCUUUUUUAACUUGACCAUCAAGUGUUUAGCAUGGUCACCACCAUCAUGCAGUUC